AUGACAAUCAACGGGUGGAGUUAUGGCCGGGUCGAGGUAGUGACGGAGUCAGGACUGAUAAAGGGCUGGACGGCAGGACGGCUGGACGGCAGGACGGCUGGACGGCAGGACGACUGGACGGUAGGACGGCUGGACGGCAGGACGGCUGGACGGCAGGACGGCUGGACGGCAGGACGACUGGACGGUAGGACGGCUGGACGGCAGGACGGCAGGACGGCAGGACGGCAGGACGGCUGGACGACAGGGCGGCAGGACGACUGGACAACUGGACGGCAGGACGGCUGGACGGCAGGACGGCAGGACGGCUGGACGGGGACGGCUGGACGGCAGGACGGCAGGACGGCUGGACGGCAGGACGGCUGGACGGACGGCAGGACGACUGGCUGGACGGCAGGACGGCUGGACGGCAGGACGGCAGGACGGCUGGACGACAGGACGGCUGGACGGCAGGACGGCUGGACGGCAGGACGACUGGACGGUAGGACGGCUGGACGGCAGGACGGCAGGACGGCAGGACGGCAGGACGGCUGGACGACAGGGCGGCAGGACGACUGGACAACUGGACGGCAGGACGGCUGGACGGCAGGACGGCAGGACGGCUGGACGACAGGACGGCUGGACGGCAGAACGGCUGGACGGCAGGACGGCUGGACGGCAGGACGGCUGGACGGCAGGACGGCUGGACGGCAGAACGGCUGGACGGCAGGACGGCUGGACGGCAGGACGGCGCUAUCAACCUCGAGUCGUUGUUGA